ACCAUCAUCAUCAUCAUCAAAGUUCAUUUUGGAUUUUUUUAAAUUCAACUCGAUUCAUCAGCCAUGUCGCCAGCUAAAAAGGAAGUCUAUAUUGUUUCGGCUAAACGUACACCAUUAGGUUCGUUUCAAGGUUCACUUUCAUCGGUAUCGGCCACACAGCUUGGUUCGAUUGCUAUUCGUGCAUGUUUAGAAGAUAUUGGUCUAUCCGGUAAUGAUGUCGAUGAAGUUAUUAUGGGAAAUGUAUUGCAAGCAAAUGUUGGACAAGCACCAGCACGUCAAGCAUCACUUGGUGCUGGUAUUACACAAUCGGCCCCUUGUACAACAGUGAAUAAGGUCUGUGCAUCCGGUAUGAAAGCGUUAAUGUUUGGUACACAAAGUAUUAUGCUUGGUGAUAAUGAUAUUAUCAUUACUGGUGGUAUGGAAAGCAUGUCGAAUGUUCCAUAUUAUCUUUCAAGAGGUAAUACACCAUACGGUGGUGUCAAUCUUGUGGAUGGCGUUGUUCGUGAUGGCCUUACCGAUGCCUAUGAUCAAAUACAUAUGGGUUUAUGUACGGAAAAUCUUGCACAAACAUUCAAUAUUACCCGUGAAGAGACUGAUGAUUUUGCAAGACAAUCAUAUCAACGUGCGGCAAAAGCCCGUGAUAAUGGUAUACAUUCAAAAGAGAUUGUACCAGUCGUUAUACCAGGACGUAAAGGAAAACCCGAUGUAACCAUUACCGAUGAUGAAGAGAUUGGAAAAGUUAACUUUGAUAAAAUACCAUAUCUUAAUCCUGUAUUUCGAAAAGAUGGUACAAUAACCGCUGCAAAUGCAAGUUCAUUGAAUGAUGGUGCUGCUGCCUGUAUAUUAAUGUCCGAAACGGCAUUAUCUAAAUAUGGUUAUACACCAAUGGCAAAAGUGAUUGGCUUGGCUGAUGCUGCAAUCGAACCAAAAGAUUUUGGUAUUGCUCCAGCUUAUGCUAUUGAAAAAUUACUUAAAAAAACUGGCGUUUCAAAAUCACAAAUUGCACAUUGGGAAUUGAAUGAAGCAUUCAGUACUGUAGGUUUGGCUAAUAUUAAAAAACUUGGUCUUGAACCAACGAAAGUUAAUCCUAAUGGUGGUGCCGUCAGUAUGGGUCAUCCACUUGGAUGUUCCGGUGCACGUAUUGUUAACAUUUUAGCACAUCAUCUUAAUCCCGAAGAAUUGGGUAUUGCUGCCAUUUGUAAUGGAGGUGGUGGUGCUUCAGCUGUUUUAAUACAAAAGCUGUGAUAUAUAUAAAAAAUUCAAACAAAACAAAACAAAAAAAAAAAUUAUUAUUCUAUAGAGAUAAUUAUGUGCAUGCAAAUUACAUUUUUUUUACAAUUUAUAAAUUUAUCGAUUAUUAUAUAACAAAAACAAUCAACAACAACAACAACAAUCGUUUACACACACACACACACACACAAUAUAGAUAUUCAAAUGUUGGCAAUCCAUAAUAAUUACCCUUAUUUUUAUUAUUUGAAAAAUUUGAAUUUGAAUAAAUGAUAAACUUUUUUUUUAUUUGUUCAA